GGAGGACAGACAUUAGUUGUGGGAUCAGACACCAGCUGUAUUGUGCUGCACACUGGAAAAGGUGUCUUCUUGGAAUUACCGGAGGUUCAUCAUUUUGUGACAUUUUUGGAAACCUUCUUAACCUACACUGAAACGAGAGAGUAACAGGGAGCUCGGGUGAAGAGAUUGAAUUGAAAGAGAUUCGAUAGAAAUGUGAGAUUGCCGCAACAGUCAGUAGCCCCAAAAGCAGUCCACAGAGCUACUUUGCUCUUAUUGCUGAGAUUUAAAUGAACGAGUUGAAGUGGUCACGUCUCCGCGAGUAGGCUCAUUUUUGCGCACGGGACUCGCGGGCAUUAAAAACCGCUCGAAGUUCAAAUCAGCAUCCGGUGAUCAUCAGCAAUGAAUCGACUCAGUUGAGGAAAGCACACUAUCCGAAUAAAAGUGUUAGUGAUUGCUGCAGGCUGAUGGAGUGUGGUGGUGGUGGUGGAGGUGAAGUUCAGCGAGAGAGUCCAGAGGACAGAGAAGAGGCUGUCAGUCCAGAGAUCAUCGCUUGGCGACAGUCGUCAAGGAGCCCAGAGGCUGUUGUCGCCUGGAGACCGUUGUCGAGUAGUCCCGAAGCUGUCACCUGGCGACCAUCGUCUAGGAAGGCCAUGCGCCUGGAGCUGAACGGCAGCCCUGCCACGCCACAACACACACACUUCAACGGGACACUGCACCGACCUCUAGGAGGUCUGAUGAUCCCAGUCUACUGUGUCGUGGAGCGCGUGGGUGCAGGAGGUGGAGGAGAAAGAGGAGAAGUAACAGGAGGAGAGAGAGGAGAGACAAGAGGAGGAGGAGGAGGAGGAGGAGGAGGUGUGGACGGCGAGGAGGAGGGGGAGGAGCAUGCAGAGUUUGUCCUGGUGCGGAGAGACCUGCUCUUCUCUCAGCUAGUGGAGACGGCCCUCAUGGCCCUCGGAUACUCACUACACACAGCCGUGCAGGCACAGGGCAUCAUCAAAGUGGGACAGUGGCGGCCAAUGCCCAUCCAGCUCCUGACCGACGCCCCUGAGGCCACCGUAGCCGACAUGCUAUUGGACGUCUACCACAUGGUUACACUCAGGAUACACCUGCACAGCUACUCUAAGCUGGAGGACCUCCCCUGUGAGCAGUGGACACACACCACCGUGCGGUUUGCCCUGAAGGAGCUGCUGAAGGAGAGGAACCACCACUCCCUGGCCAAGGACUGCCCUCUCUCCCAGGCUAUGAUCUCCUCCAUAGUGAGUAGCUCCUACUAUGCCAGUGUCUCUUCCGCCAAGUGUCAGGAGUUCGGACGAUGGUACCGGAAAUACAAGAAGAUCAAAGGGGAAUACCAGGACAAGGUGUGGCAUGGGAGGGACAGAGCUGCCAUCAAAGUGGAGCGAGAGGUCCUGUCCGAUCAUCUCCAGCGCCCGGCCUCUCUCUCCGCUCUCUCCCACCUCAGCGCCCUCCAUCACCACCACCACCACCCCCAGAGCCCUACUCCUCCUCCCCCUCACCCUCCGCAGUCCAAGGCCAGUUCCCAUCAUGCAUUGGGCCUACCACCGCCGCCCAGCCCUCCCCUGUGUAACCCCUCCUCCCACCCGCUCUCCACCUCGGCCGGCCCUCAUGUCUCUCCACAGCUGACAGUCCGCCACCAGAUCGCCAUGGCACACCUGCUCAACCAGCAGCUAGCCUUUAGCCGGCUGCUAACACACACACCGCACGCACGCACGCUCUCGCACGGGCACGGGCACACACCCUCACACUCACACUCACACCAACCGCUCUCACAUCACACUCAGCCGCAGUUCCUCCACCACCCCCCCAUCCCCCAUCGCUCUACUUCCUCCUCCUCCUCCUCAAAGCGAGCUGCCUCAUUGGCUGACGGCCCCUCGUCAAGCCACUCCCCCUUGUUGCCGGGCCACUCCCCCUCUCCCUCCCCCUCCUCCUCCUUGUCCUCGUGUCCUCCGGAGGUGUCUGCGGAUAUCUACAGGCAGGUGAGAGAGGAGCUGCGCAGGGCCAGCGUGAGCCAGGCCGUGUUCGCACGCGUGGCCUUCAACCGCACACAGGGUCUGCUGUCUGAGAUCUUGCGUAAGGAGGAGGAUCCCCGCUCGGCGUCCCAGUCCCUGCUGGUCAACCUGAAGGCCAUGCGCGGCUUCCUGUGUCUGCCGGAGCACGAGCGCGAUCGCAUCUACCAGGAGGAGCGGGAGCGGAACAGCAGCAGCAGCAACAGCAGCCAGACACACACACCCAGCAGCAGCCCUGCACACGCCAGACACACACAGAACAAGCCUCCUGUCCCGCACAUGGAGCUGAAGUUGGACCCCUCCGUCUCCUCCUCCUCCGUCUCUUCCUCCUCCUCUGUCUCCUUCUCCUCCUCCUCCUCCUCCAUCUCCUCCUCCAUCUAUGAGGAGAUCCAGCAGGAGAUGAAGAGGGCUAAAAUCUCACAGGCGCUCUUCGCCAAGGUGGCCGCCAACAAGAGCCAGGGUUGGCUGUGUGAGUUGUUGCGUUGGCGUGAGGUUCCGUGCCGCGAGAACCGCACUCUGUGGGAGAACCUAAGCACCAUUCGCAACUUCCUGUCUAAGCCCCACCCCCAGCGAGACCACGCUUACCAGGAUGAGGCACGUCUACAACACGCUGAACGUCACAGCAACCAGCCAAGCAACGAACAGGCACUGCAGAGGCAGCACAUUCUGUGCCUGAAGAACCCUUCGCCCAUGCUCAUAGAGCCAUCUCCCAUUAUGCUCUCUGAGGAAAGGGGCGUCAUGAGCCACCCACUGACGGUGACCACCAGUCAAGAUGGCGGCAGUGGCAUCACAGGCAGCGGUGGUGUUAGUACGAGCAGCAGUAGCAGCAGUGGCUGUGGCUCUACUGGCAGUAAUGGGGCCAACGGAGGAGGAAGUGGUGGAGGAGGAGGUGGUAGUUCGAGGAAGCCGCGCUCACGUACCAAGAUCUCCCUGGAGGCUCUAGUCAUCCUCCAGAGCUUCAUCCAUGAUGUGGGGCUCUACCCCGACCAGGAAGCAAUACACACCCUCGCAGCUCAGCUCGGACUGCCCAGGAACACCGUAGUCAAGUUCUUCCAGAACCAGAGAUACCACGCACGCCACCACACCCGACACAAGGAGGCCACAGCAGUAGACGCAGCAGGAGACCCAGGGGAGGAAGGGGAGCAGGAGGAAGUGGUGUGGUGUGGUGCGGUGCGGUCCCCUGUCAUUAUCGAUCUGACCUCUGCAUGCCACUCGUCGCUCUCGGGUCACUUCAGCUGA